CGAGGGCAGAGCUGUUUUCUCUUUGCCCCCAACACCAACCUGUUGUCCUUUUAAACCAAGGUCAGCCCUCCCUCAAAAACCUAGAAGUGUCCUCUCCCAAAGGAUCCAUCACAUCUUCUCAUCUACUUCUCAGUCUCUGGAUCUAAAACCAUUCCUCCAUUCUCAACCAUGGUCGCUCCAGUCUUCUCCAGCCUCGGCUUUAUCAGCUCCCUGAAUGUCCUACUUCUGGCUUUGACUGGCCUGAACUGGAGCAGUCCCAUCAGGCCCCACGAGACCCAACGCAGGGCGUCAGUCGACAAGGAUAUGGGUGAUAAUCUGCUUCUUGACGUGCAGGACUUUAUGAGGCAGUUUCUGUCCACGCUGAACCUCACAGAGCUGAGGCCCCAGUCCAGGCCGCUCGCUGCCCAUAAGGAGCAAACUGAGUACAUGUUGGAGCUGUACAACCGCUUUGCCAACGACCGCACUUCUGUGCCCUCGGCCAACAUUGUGCGCAGUUUCAAGAAUGAAGAUUCCUCCCCCUACAGUUUAACGGCCAGGGGUGUGCGGAUAUAUCCCCUGAUGUUCAACAUCUCCAUGCCCCAUCAUGAGCACAUAACCAUAGCCGAGCUUCACCUUUUCACCCUGGUCCGGCGGGCCCAAAGACAACAUUCUGGCCUUGACUGCAAGGUGACCGUUUACAAAAUACAUGAGGGCGUUGUUUGGACAAAAGAGGUGGGGAAAGAAGGCAGAAGGAGGGAUAAAGAAGAGGUGGUGGAGAUGAAGGAUUUGGAGGAACUGGUGACAAAGCGUGUUCAUGCCAGAGAUAACAGCUGGGUGUCGUUUGACCUGACUCAUGUGGUUACGCUCUGGCGGAAGUCGGGGUGUGCGGUUAACAGACUGGAGGUUCACAUCACGACUGUUGAGGAGGAAGGGGCCACACGGGACGUCACAGAGGAGGGUGAAGCCUUGGUUGAGAUUGAUAUCGACAGGAGCUCAGUGGGAAAACACAAUGCAGUGAUGAUUGUGUUCUCAGAUGAUCAGAGCAGGGACCACAAACAGGAUAAACAAGAGCUCACCCAGAUGAUUGGACACGAGAAUGACCUCGUUGAAAACGCAGGCCACAGCCAACAAGCUUUCUGGGGGCACGCCAAUCACAACGCUGGCCAUGCAAACCAGGACGACCUGGAUAAACAGUCUGACCUGCAGCUGCAGUCCAACCUUAUCUACGACACACCUCCCCGAAUCCGUCGCAAUGUUAAGAGCGAGUCGUGCAAGAGGACCCCGCUCUUUGUGGAUUUUAAAGACAUUGGCUGGGACACGUGGAUCAUCCAGCCUCUGGGCUACGAGGCCUACGAGUGCAAGGGUGUGUGCAACCCACCCAUGACCUCCGAGGUCUCGCCCACCAAACACGCCAUAGUGCAGACUCUGCUGAGUGUUAAGAGUCCAGAGAGAGCAUCGCGUGCUUGCUGUGUUCCCACUAAACUGGAGCCCAUAUCACUCCUUUAUCACGAUAACGGCGUGAUCACGUUCAAUCACAAGUACGAGGGGAUGGUGGUGGCGGAGUGUGGAUGCAGAUAGUCCUGAAACACAGAGAGAUAGAGACUGCACAUUGCACACAUCUUCUCAUGUUUCCACAAUAUCUACUCGAGUCUCAUACAGUGGCGUGUGAAAAAAAACUACACAAUUCUGGACAUAGUUGUAAAUUAGUAAUGGACACAAAUUUGUACUAAAUGUUGUAAAUUUGCAAUUGUAUAAAGGAAAACCAGUUAUUAUAUUAAUGUAGAAUAUAAAGCUGUCAAAGCAACGCUGCAAAUGUAAUUCAGUCUGUCCUGAUUUUUGACAAUUAAUUGGGGGGUUUGGUAUAUGAGAGUGUUUUUGCGUAACUCCACAAUUCAUUUUUAAAAACGAAAAUGAAAUAAAUUCACAUCGUUGCAUCAUCACUGCAAAAUAUUCUACAAAUCUGAGGUCGACCAUUUAGGCAUUUUUUAUUGAUGAAAAUUAUAUUGUGAUAAUUAUUGAUAGUG